UGACGUGGGCGGAGGGGGCGCACCUGAAGAGAUAGAGAUGCUGCUGGGUUAGAAGGUGGCAAGACGCCCAGACCUGGGAGCGUGGUAGGACGUAAGCGAAGUUGGGUUCCACUGAUAAUUGGAGCUCCGAGGCGGGAGCUCUGCUGCCGGAAGUGCUUUGAGUCGGCAAGAUGGCUGCGUCCAAGGUGAAACAGGACAUGCCCCCACCUGGGGGCUACGGCCCUAUCGAUUACAAGCGGAACCUUCCCCGCCGGGGAAUGUCGGGCUAUAGCAUGUUUGCCAUUGGCAUUGGGACGCUGUUGUUUGGUCACUGGGGCAUGAUGAAGUGGAACCGAGAACGGAGACGUUUGCUGAUUGAAGACUUGGAAGCCCGAAUUGCAUUGAUGCCACUGUUCCAGGCAGAGGAGGACCGGAGGAAGCUUCGUAUGUUGAGAGAGAACCUGGAAGAGGAGGCUAUAAUCAUGAAAGAUGUUCCUGGCUGGAAGGUGGGCGAGUCUGUCUUCCAUACCACCCGUUGGGUGCCUCCAACUGUAGGUGAGCUUCACUGUCUACGGACCAAUGAGGAGCGGGUCAACGCUAACUUUGGCUUCAUAUGGUAUACCUAAGGAUGUGCCAAGGCCUGUACCUCCUUCGGAGAGAUUAAAGGUUCACUUGGAAA